AUGGCCACGCUUCAACCAGGCCUGUCCCCGCCCUCGUGCCACCGAGGACCUUGGGGGCCUCAGGGUGCUCCCCCCGCCAAGAAGAUGAAGAAAGCCGUCCUCUUCUUCGAGGUGGAGAUCCUGGAUGCCCGGACGCGGGAGAAGCUCUGCUUCCUUGAUAAGGUGGAGCCCCACGCCACCAUCGCCGAGAUCAAGAGCCUCUUCACCAAAGCCCAUCCCCAGUGGUACCCGGCCAGACAGUCCCUGCGCCUGGACCCUAAGGGCAGGUCGCUGAAGGACGAGGAUGUGCUGCAGAGUCUGCCCGUGGGCACCACCGCCACCUUCUACUUCCGUGACCUGGGGGCCCAGAUCAGCUGGGUGACGGUCUUCCUGACGGAGUAUGCGGGGCCGCUGCUCAUCUACCUCGUGUCCCCAACCCCUCCUGCUUCCCCCCAGAACUGCACCUACUACUGGGGCUUCGCCGCCUGGAUGGCCUAUUACAUCAACCACCCGCUGUACACCCCCCCCGCCACCCACUGUACACCCCCCUUGGUGCAUGUCACUGUCACUGUCCCCGUCACCUUCCCUCUCCCCUGUCACACCAACCACCCGCUGUACACCCCCUCCG